AUGCCUACUGGCUGUAUCCACCAUUCGCAGAUCCACAGCUCGAUUGACCUCGUGGACGCGGCAUCAAGCGGUUCUGUUACAGCGACACGCGGUGGGGCGGCGGAGUUGACAGACGAGGAGGGAGAAGUUGGCCCGGCAAUCGGCAUGGGAUGGGACGUCGAGGGAGGGCAGGUGUUAAAACCGCCACGCAACAGCAGUAUCUCUACAGGGGACGCCUGCAUCGGAUGCCCAGCGGCAGACGGGGCCCAGCGCAAGCCAUCGAUACAAAGCCCCCAAGAAGCCUCCGACGCGGCCUUGUUCCAGCAUCACCACGCUUGCGGCGGAGCAAAUCCAGACAAUAUCCCAGGCGAUGGCCCGGUACCGUUGGCGCCGUUCGGGACAAGCGCCAUCAGCAUUCGUAGUGGUAGUGCUGCUGCUGGCGUGCACAUGCACAAAAGGGGGGGCGGCGGCAUGGAGCUGGAGCCCGAGGCGGUGGUUGUUACGCCGUUGGCGUCGGCCGGCGCGGGAGACGUCGGUGCCGAACACGACGCAACGCCGUUGCAGAGUCGUCAUAAGGGCUCCGCCCGGAGCGGCGGGGGGUUUGGUUCACCGCGCAGCAGCAGCGGCGGCGGCGGCGGCGGCGGCGGCGGCGACGCAAGGGGCGAGACCGCUUCCGACGGGGCCGCCUCCGUUUCCGGGGUUGACGACAGCCUCUCCAGCGUCGGCGAAGGGCCGGGGGGGUUGAAGCGUAAGGACACCAUCACUUGGGAGUCGUUUUUGGCCAACAUUACGGUGACGGACGAGGCGAAAGAGGCAGGAGGGGGCGCGAAAGGAGCGGAGGCAGCGGCUGGUGCUUGUUCUGACUCUUCGCCACCGGUGGCGAUGCGAUUGACCUCCGGAGCAGCAAGCGAAGGAGUAAAGGGGUUGUUGGGGAGCGCUGCCGAACAGCCUUUGACGGCUCGCACUCGGUACCUCCGAGCGAUGGCCUCCAACGCGGGCGAUGUUCGUUGGAACGACGACCUCGACGAUGAGGACAGGAACGACGAUUGCGAUGGCGAUGGCGACAGCGACGGCGACACGGAGAGCGCGGGGUUGCCGGAGCUUUCCGAAGGCCAGCUGGUGCACCGCGCGAACGUUCAGCGCCUGCUGAGCGACCUCAGCGACAGAACGUUUUCGCCGCGAGCAAGGCACCCCGUCGACCUCGGUAGGUCGCAGUCCAUGUCUUCGGUGGGCAUGGGAUCGAUCAACAGCGUGCGGAAAAUCAUGGAGAGAGGAGUGAACAAGUUCAACGUCAACCCCAAGGAUGGGAUUGCGUACUUGAUCGACAACGGUCUGGUAACGGACAGCGCGCAGGGCAUCUGUAGCUUCUUGUGUUCAGCCGAGGGUCUCAGCAAGCGACGACUCGGGGAGUACUUCGGCAGGGAUAACCCGAAGGCCCAAGAAGUGUUGCGUCUUUUCUUGAAAGAGCUCAAGUUUAAGAACGCUAGCCUGGACGAGGCGCUGCGGGCCAUGGUGAUGAGGUUCCGUUUGCCAGGGGAGGCGCAGCAGAUGGACAGGAUAAUGGAGAGCUUUGCCGUGAGGUACCACGAGGAGAAUCCGUAUGUAUUUUCCUGCUCUGACACGGCGUGGGUGCUGGCGUUCGGCUUGAUGAUGCUCAACACCGACAUGUACAACAGAAAUAUCAAGGAGAGCGACAAAAUGACCGAGGCAGAGUUCGUUAAGAACCACCGAGGGAUUGAUCAGGGGAAGGACCCGGCCAAGGAGCUGCUGGAAGGAAUGUACAGGCGGAUUAAGGCGUCGGAGAUCCGCAUGGCCGAAGGGGAUAUGUACGAGUCUGAGGUCAUCACGUUCGUCGCGCCCAAGAAAAGUGGCUGGCUAAAGAAGAAGAGCACAGGGUACGUCGGCAAGUGGAAGCGGCACUGGUUCGUCCUGAACGAUGCUGUCCUGUACUACUUCCUCGCCCCACAGCACCAAGAUGAGGCGCCCCGCUGCAUCAUUCCCCUGGAAGGCAUCAACAUCAGCCCCAUUGGAGCGACUGACCUGUCCAUUGGCUUGAGGACCAACCAAGGCUUCGUGAAGAGCGUCAAGAUGGCGGACAACGGCACCAUGCAGCAGGGCACCCACCGCUCCUUCACGCUCCGCGCAGACACCAACAGCGAGCGAGACAUCUGGGUCGACGCGCUGCGCGCAGAGGUGCCCGCCUUCCACAUGGAGCUCUCGGCCAGUCGCUCCCUCUCGGCGACGCCGGCGACUUCGUCCGCGCCGACGCCCAUUGGAACUCCGUCGGAGUCCGGACGGCGAUCGGGCAAGUUCAGCGCCAGCGGCCGGACCCGCCGCCGCGCUACGAUCGAUUUGGAGGCAUCGAGCAAGAUGCAACCGCCGGUUAUCCGCGGCUGGGCGCGGACGCAGAGCGACCAGCACCAGAGCGGAGGGCGGCGCUACAUCGCCCUGUUUCGCGACAUCGGGCCCGACCAGCAGGACAACGUCAUCUACUUCUUCGGCGACGCGGCCAUGUGCGACAAGAUGAUCGAGCAGCACUUGCGCACGUCCCACGGGAGCCUGAACCUGUCGGACGUGACCCGGGUGCAGCUGCAGCAGGAGGAAGGCGGCGGGGGCGGGCGGGCGAUCGCGCUUCAGACCGGCGCCGGGAAGCACGUGAAGGAGGUGGUCAUCGUCCCGGAGGAGCAGCGGGAAUUCUUGGCGUGGACGAGAAACAUCAAGGAGUGCUGCCCGGGGAGCGCCUACAGCAUCGCCGCCGACUGCACGCCGAGCGCCAGCGUCGGCGCCACGGCGUUCCCCUCCGUCAACACGGUGGACUCGAACGGCGACGGCGUGGCGUCAUCGGUGUCGGUGUCGGUGAACAGCGCCAUCGCUAUCGCCGACCACAUCGGCCUGCACGACCCCCCGGCGGCGGCGGACGACGUCUUCGUUUCCGUCGGGAUCCCCGCUACCUCUACCACUGAGAGCGUGGCGGGGACUGCCGACGGCAAGGGGCAGGGCGAGGGUGCCGCCGAGGGGUCUGAGCUCCACACCCGGUCCGAGAGCAGCGUAACGCAGCCGGUGGACGCCGCCGCCGCCGCCGGGGCGGGCGGCACGGGGGCGGCAUGCGAGGUGAACAGGGUAAACACCACGCCUAGCGCGGAGACGGAAGCGUACGGCCGGUUUGAGCACCACGCGGUAUCCGCAAGCGCGCCUGAGCCUCAGAGCCCUCCCCGGGUUGGGUCGGCCUCGAGAAUCGUGCGAGAAGGCUCGAUGCCCGGCACGGACGUCGAGUAA